AUCUCUCUCACACACUCUCUCUCUCUCUCCACAAUAACAACAAAAUUGUCAAAUGGCUCCAACGCCCUCGCUCGCCGGACUCCAGAUCGAGACGACCGCGUUUCCACCGUCCGUCAAACCUCCGGGCUCCUCCAACACUCUGUUCCUCGGCGGCGCAGGGGUGAGGGGGCUGGAAAUUCAGGGGAACUUCGUGAAGUUCACGGCGAUCGGAGUGUAUUUGGAGGAUAACGCCGUGCCUCAGCUCGCCGUUAAGUGGAAGGGUAAGACGGCCGAGGAGUUGACGGAGUCCGUUGAGUUCUUCAGAGACAUCGUUACAGGUCCAUUUGAGAAAUUCAUUCAAGUGACAACGAUACUGCCACUGACGGGCCAGCAAUAUGCUGAGAAAGUUUCGGAGAAUUGCGUUGCCUUUUGGAAGUCAGUGGGAAUUUACACUGAUGCAGAAGAAAAAGCCAUUGAAAAGUUCCUUGAGGUCUUCAAAGAUCAAAAUUUCCCGCCCGGCGCCUCCAUUCUUUUCACGCAAUCCCCCAAAGGAUCACUGACGAUUAGCUUCUCUAGAGAUGCAUCCGUACCUGAAGCUGCAAAUGCGGUGAUAGAAAACAAACUACUUUCCGAGGCAGUUCUAGAGUCGAUCGUUGGAAAGCAUGGUGUUUCCCCUGCAGCAAAGCAAAGUUUGGCCGUGAGGUUAUCCGAAUUGUUGAACGGGUGUAAUGAAUCUAAUGAUGGCAAAGCCGGAAAUGAGAGAGAUUGUCAAAUGGCUCCACCACCGUCGCUCGCCGGACUUCAGAUCGAAACGACUACGUUUCCACCGUCCAUCAAACCUCCGGGAUCCUCCAACACUUUGUUCCUCGGCGGCGGAGGGGUGAGGGGGCUGGAGAUUCAGGGGAACUUCGUGAAGUUCACAGCGAUCGGAGUGUACUUGGAGGAUAGCGCCGUGCCUCAGCUCGCUGUUAAGUGGAAGGGUAAGACAGCCAAGGAGUUGACGGAGUCCGUUGAGUUCUUCAGGGACAUCGUUACAGGUCCAUUUGAGAAAUUCAUUCAAGUGACAACGAUACUGCCACUGACAGGCCAGCAAUACUCUGAGAAAGUUUCGGAGAAUUGCGUUGCCUUUUGGAAGUCAGUCGGAAUUUACACUGAUGCGGAAGGCAAAGCCAUUGAAAAGUUCCUUGAGGUCUUCAAAGAUCAAAACUUCCCACCCGGCGCCUCCAUUCUUUUCACGCAAUCUCCCAAAGGAUCACUAACGAUUAGCUUCUCUAGAGAUGCAUCCGUACCUGAAGCUGCAAACGCGGUGAUAGAAAACAAACUACUUUCCGAGGCAGUUUUAGAGUCGAUCGUUGGAAAGCACGGUGUUUCUCCUGCAGCAAAGCAAAGUUUGGCCGCGAGGUUAUCCGAAUUGUUGAACGGGUGCAAGGAAUCUAAUGGUGCUGAAGCCGGAAAUGAAAAAGUGGAGGCAUGAAAACUGAGAGGAGAAAUAAAACUUGGGAGGGACUCCUGUUCUGUGUUUAGUGGAUUAUUUACAUACAAUCUAUGAAGCUAUAGGAAUGUGCUGUCUUAUUUAAUUUAAAGAAAAAUGAUCGUGUUUUAUGAGAAAUAUUAGUGUUGUUUUGUUA